AUGGCUUCUGGGCUGUGUGAGGGAUGUGCCCGCAUGCUCGCAGCCUUCACGGUUCAUCUGAGGAAAGUAAGCGCAGAGUUCGAGCAAAAAAUAAAAGACUUUGUCAGAGAGCUAAGCCGAUGUCCCUGUUUGAGGACGACUACUUCGAAGGGUUUCAAGAGGAGGAAGGAGAGAAAAACCUCACAUGAGUUGUCCUUAUUGCACCACUUGUACACGGAUCACAAAACCCCCAUGCUCAGUCAAGAAUGUCUGCAGGAGCUGAAAACCCUUGCAGCCUCAGAAAGCAGUGAUCUACAAAAAGCUGCAGCCUUGUAUUGUUUGUAUGUUAGUCACCAUUUGGAAUUGCCUUUACCUGCUGCCUUCAUGGAUCCAUUCAUGGCCUUGCUUCUCUCAACCAAUCUGGAUGUACAAAAAACUCUCUCUUUUUCCUUAGUCAAUCUACUAAUCAAGAAUAAUGUGUGUAAAGAGCGAGUGUUGGAGAUGGGGAUGCUGAUGCCCAUACUGGAGAUCUUCCAGUCUGGGGACUCCGCUGCUCAGUGUCAUGCCUGUGCAUGUGUCGCCAUCUUGGCCUCUACAGAGUCUAACAGAGAGGCCGUUGUGUCAGAUGCUCUGAUACCGCUGUUGGCCUUGGCCAAGUCCUAUGAUCCUCAAGACCAACAAAAUGCAGCGUGGGCCCUGUUAAAUCUCACCCAAUCAGACUGUUCAACAAGAGUCUUGUGUGAAGUCGGAGCGAUUCCAGUCUUGGUGCUUCUGCUGCAGUCCUCCCAUCCUAAGGUCCAGUUUUACAGCUGCUCUGCUCUGUGCAACAUUGCUGCCCUGCAGGAGCAUCAUCACAAGUUGCUUAGCAUCGGGGAUCAUUUUCUGUUGAAGUCUCUGUUGACUCUUAUGUCCUCUUCUGUGCAAAAGAACUCAUCCCAAGCAUGCAGAUGCCUUCAAAUCCUCUCCAAAAGUGUUCAAAUCCAAGCAAAGCUUAUGGUGUUGGACUGGGCGCUGCCACUGAAAGCACUGCUGCUGAGCUCCUCCACAAUCGCGGGGCCGGAGUCGGCAAUGAAGCUGCUGUCUACGUUGUCUGCGCACCCAGCAAAUAACGAGGUCCUGGUGGUUGAGGGGAUGUUAGAGGUGACGGGGGAGCUGCUCCACCAUCACCGCCCCAGCUCUGAUGUCAUCACACAUGGCUGCAACACAAUCAGCAACUUGUGCGACUCCCGGUUGGGUCAGGAGGCUGUGCUGGAAAGUCGGUGUUUAUCGGGUCUUCUCCAGACUCUUGUAUCUUCCAUCACCUCAGAGGACACCUUGCUGUGUGUCACAUCGUGUCUAUGUCAUCUGAUGACAUCGGAUAAAUUUCAGUCUUAUUUGUCAACAAUAAUAACAUCGGAACAAGUUCUUCGCCUGGUGGAGUUGUCUGGAAAAAAUGGAAACCUCAAGCUUUCAUACAGCUCAGCUGCCAUCAUAAGCAAACUGGAAAUGGAUGGGCAAAUCAUCCAGUUACUGAGAAGUCACUUCACCGCUGUGUCAGAAUACCUGCUGAUGUUUCUCAAACACCAGGAAGUGACAUUCCAGCAGCUGGCCAUCACCACGUUAGGCAGCCUCAUGAAAGAUGGAGACUUUCUAGCCCUACUGGCUGGCUGUGAGCUGGAGAGACAGCUUUCCAGGGUGCAUGCGCAGACGGAGGAAACACGACGGCUGCUGCAAAUGAUAGCGCCUUUCUCCAUCUUCCCUGGAUCCGAGUCUAACACAGUACAGAUACUGAGAGAUCUGCGUACUGUGAACUGA